CCGCCAUCUUCUCGUUCAUGUAACACGAAAUGAACCUUCUCCAUUAUUUCCAUGCUGCUCGAACUGUCCUAUGGGUAUUUGUCCUUCUGAAAAUGGCGGCGACUGUUAGUUGAGAAAAAUUUAACUACAAUCAAAGGUAGAUGAAGGCAAUGCUACUUCUUUGUCUGUCUUAAAAGAAAAAAGAUAAGCCAUGUUUAUAUACCUGAGCAAAAAGAUUGCCAUACCCAAUAACGUCAAGCUGAGAUGUCUGGCCUGGAAUCGAGAACAGGGCUACAUAGCUUGUGGAGGAGAGGAUGGAAUGCUCAAAGUCCUCAAGUUAGAGACUCAGCAAGGAAAAGAUGCAAAGGUAAGAGGACUUGCUGCUCCAAGUAACCUGUCAAUGAACCAAACCCUUGAGGGACACACUGGUGCUGUUCAAGUAGUAACAUGGAAUGAACACUUUCAAAAGUUGACUACUAGUGACCAGUAUGGCCUUAUCAUUGUCUGGAUUCUCUACAAAGGUUCUUGGUAUGAAGAAAUGAUCAACAACAGAAACAGAAGUGUGGUGCGUGACAUGAAAUGGAAUGCUGAUGGCCAGAGGAUCUGUAUUGUUUAUGAAGAUGGUGCCGUAAUUGUUGGUUCAGUGGACGGAAACAGGAUCUGGGGAAAAGAACUGAAAGGCCUACAGCUCACAAAUGUUGAGUGGUCUCCAGAUGGAAAAAACAUUGUGUUUGGAAUCAGCAAUGGAGAAGUUCAGAUUUUUGAUAACAUAGGAAACUUUUGUACAAAGAUGACCUUGUUCUGCCUUGCCAAUGUAACAGGAGCUGUUAAGAUCGCUGGAAUUGAGUGGUAUGAUGGAAGAGAAGGGUUUGUUGAGCCUAACUGUCCAUGCCUGGCAGUGUGCUUUGACAUGGGACGUAUGCAGAUUAUGAGACAUGAAUUGGAUGAAAAUCCUGUUUUGAUUGACACUUCAAUGGCUGUAAUGAACAUUCAGUGGAAUAACUGUGGUUCAGUGCUGGCUGUUGCCGGUAUGCAAAGAGCUGCUGGCCAGGACAAGGACAUCAAUGUUGUACAGUUUUAUACCCCAUUUGGUGAGCAUUUGCGAACUCUAAAAGUCCCUGGAAAGCAGAUAAUGCAAGCUUGCUUUGAAGGUGGAGGACUGCGUAUUGCCUUGGCUGUUGAUUCCUUCAUCUACUUCGCCAACAUCAGACCAAACUAUAAGUGGGGAUAUUUCUCUAACACAGUGGUGUACGCAUUCAACAAGCCUGAUCGACAGGAGCACUGUGUGAUAUUCUGGGAUACCAAAAAUGGAGAGAAAUAUGUGAAGUAUGUGCGCAAUCUGUUAUCAAUCACAGCAUGUGGAGAGCAUUGUGUGUUGGCCACCAGGGCUGAUGACAGUAGUGGACAGCAUGUCCUCGUACUUUGUAAUGCCAUUGGUACCCCAUUAGACUCCAAGUAUAUUGAAAUAGAGCCUCUGUAUGUGGCCAUGACCAGAAGCCACGUGAUAGCUUCAUCCAAGGAGGCCUUUUAUUCCUGGCAGUAUCGAAGCCCAAAGAAACUCACAGCUCUGGAGCUUCAGACACAUUCCAAGAGAAAAGAUGUCAGAGAAAGGAUGUUUCAUAUUGAUGAUGUACCAUCCGGAGCUGGAGAGGGCAUCAAGGACGUAAGCAAGGCUCUAGCGCCAACGCAUGAUCCAGUGUGUUGUAUUUGUGCCUCGGAUAAACUUCUGAUUUUGGGCCGUGAAUCAGGAACCAUUCAUCGCUACUCAUUACCCAAGCUCGCACUGGAAAUGAAGAAUGUGCUCAACUGUCGCCCACACCAACUUUCACUAAACUGCAUCUCCUCACGCUUGGCUAUCAUCGACAUUUCCGGAGUUCUAUCAUUCUUUGAACUAGAUGUGCGAAAGGCCGAUCCUUCAAGAAACGAAACAGUGGUCGGUGAACAUCUGAAGUUUGAGAGAAAAGACGUGUGGGACAUGAAGUGGGCAGACGAUAACGCAGAGCUGUUUGCCAUGAUGGAGAAGACAAGGAUGUAUAUAUUCCGUAACCUCGACCCUGAGGAGCCGAUCUUGAGCUCCGGCUAUAUCUGUCAGUUCAAUGACCUGGAGGUGAGGGCUGUGCUGUUGGAUGAGAUCAUGAAGGAUCCCGACCAUCCAAACAAAGAAAACUUGAUGGACUUGGAAGUUAAGUCUCUGCGCGAUGCUGGUGACCUGCUGGAAAAAGUUGGCAUUCCUGAUGCGUACCAGUUUAUCGAAGAUAAUCCUCACCCUAGAUUAUGGCGCCUGUUGGCCGAGUCAUCCCUUGAGAGACUGGAGCUAGAAGUAGCGGAGAAGGCUUUUGUUCGUUGUCAGGAUUAUCAAGGAAUCAAGUUUGUCAAGAGGCUCGCUAAGUUAGACAAUGAAACUAAGAAGAAAGCCGAAGUUGCUGCAUAUUUCAAGCGAUUUGAGGAGGCAGAAAGACUCUACCUGGAAAUGGACAGAAGAGACCUUGCUGUUGACUUGAGGCUGAAGCUUGGAGACUGGUUCAGAGUCGUUCAACUCCUUAAGACCGGAGGGGGAGGGGGUGAUGAUCAACUUCUGGAGCAGGCCUGGAACGCAAUUGGUGAUUACUACGCUGACCGGCAAAAGUGGCAGAACGCGGUCACAUAUUACGUCCAAGGAAGGAACCAGGCGCGGCUGGCCGAGUGUUAUUACAUGCUGGAGGACUAUAAUGGGCUGGAGAAAAUGGUCAACACCUUACCAGAAAAUCAUAUCCUGUUAUCGGAAAUUGCUGGAAUGUUCUCUACAGUUGGUAUGUGUGAACAGGCAGUGGCUGCUUUUACCAAGACAGGGAAAGUGAAAGAAGCUAUUGACUGCUGUGUUCAUCUUAACCAAUGGGACCAAGCCAUUGAAUUGGCCAAGCAGCAUAACAUCAAGGAGAUCGAUACUCUGCUUGCCAAGUACGCUUCUUACCUGCUAGACAAGAAGAAGACGUUAGACGCUAUUGAACUCUACCGUAAAGCAAAUCACUUUAUUGAUGCUGCGAAACUCCUUUUCAAAGUUGCCGGUGAAGUGGCAGACGCCAAGACUAACCCACUUCGUGCCAAGAAAAUGUAUGUUCUGGCAGCUUUGCUGGUGGAAAAUUACCAUGAGCACGUGAAGAUGACGAAGAUGAAAACUGCUUCUGGAAAAGAGAAGAAGAGUACAAGGGAGGCGACAUCUGCCUUAGCUGGCUUGCUGGAAGAGGACGCCAUUGCUACUGAUGAGAGUAAAAUCAUCGACAACGCCUGGAGAGGAGCUGAGGCAUAUCAUUUCUUUCUCUUGGCACAAAGACAAAUGUACGAGGGAGCCAUCGAUGCUGCAAUGAAAACGGCCCUGCGCUUGUGUGAUUACGAAGACGUCCUGGAUCCAGUGUGCAUUCAUUCUCUUCUCGCGUUAGUCAGCUGCGCGAACAGGGCUUUUGGAACUUGCUCCAAGGCCUUUAUAAAGCUGGAGUCAAUUGAAAGCCUGAGCCAAGAACAAAAGACUGCUUACGAAGAACUGGCCUUGGAAAUAUUUACAAAGCAUUCUCCUAAAGAUUCUCGUGGCAACAAGGCGGAGUGCACUACCUGUGAGACUAUGAUUCCUGAUUGGAGUCAAGCUUGUCCAAACUGUGACACCAAGUUUCCGACAUGCAUUGUGACCGGUCGUCCACUGAUGGACUAUCAGUUCUGGAUGUGCGGCACGUGCAAGCACCGAGCCUACGAGCAGGAGAUCAGCAAAAUCAAGCACUGCCCACUUUGCCAUGCGCCGGUCUGAUCUCCCAUUAAAACUCUUUGUAUUGACGUCAUACCCAGCUACCUAUUAGUCAGGCGCGUUGAGCAGGAUCUGGGUACGAAUCUUCUAACGGUUUCACUUAAAACUGCAAGACUCGUUGAUUUUAAAAUAUGGAAUUUUUCCUCAUUAUGCCAUUUCAUAAUCAAGCUUACAGUUCGUGAGGAUUGAAAUGGUGAUUGCCAAUCGAAAAGAAGAAACAAAUUCGCCCAACUAUAAGUGUAAGAAAUGUAUGGAGAUCGUAAUGAAAAUCUGUUAAGCUAAGGCCUGUAAGGGUAAAACUGUGACACUUAUUUAUUCUUUCAUGUUGCUUCUUGUGCGCCGUUUUCCCGCCUUGCAAAUAGUCUUUUCAACUGAUUCUACUGUCCUUACUUGUUCUGAGCAAGUUUUAUAAAAUGUUUUUCUAUCUGUCCUCAAAAUAUACCAAGUAACGUAUUCAUUAUCAAAGCAUUGAAUGAAAGAAACAAGCUCUGUUGUAUUUAUAGAGGAACAAUCCGGCGCGGUGUAGGAUCAUGGUGAAAGCCGAGUCAUUCUCGCCAAUUGUAAAUAAAGAUUUCAUUUACAUGUUGGAUAAAGGAUCUCAGUUCUUGGACAGUUAAGGUGAAAACUAAAAACUAAAAUUACAGAGAGUGGACCAAGUGUUGUUUUCAUCCAAAGCUAUCGAAAAGUCUCCGCUCGCUUCUUGACCAAUCGGAAAAUAGCGCCAGCACUCGUAAGUUCUCUGGAAGUUUUCGUAUUAAUAUGGCGCCGCCUGGAGGCGUCAUUUGCUUAGCAACAUCUCUGGUCAAGCGCGGGCUCGGCUGAAGACAGCACCUGUCCUCUAAUAUGUCUAUGAUCAAUGACUGGUGACGUAAACUUCGUGACGUCAUUAUGCCCUUGUACUCGUACCGUCGCACAGUGAUUAGGAUGUGAAUUUCUUUCCCGUGGAGCCAGCACUGUAGUUGAUCGAUAUACCUUUCUUGGAAAGUACUUCUCAGUCUUGUAUUCUAAGAGUCAGUGUAUACUUACCAGUUACAAACUAAAAUCAUUGUUAAAUUUAUCAUUAAGUGGUGGUUAUAUUUUUUGUGCUAUGUAUCGUCCCUUUUUCCUGUUAAAACAUCGAAUGUCAAUGACCUUGUUUUUACCUGCGUGACAACAAAGAAUACCUACCUUUUUUACUUGUAGCAGGUCCACAGUAGGUUUCAGCUGUCAUUCUUGUAACAACCUACUUACCAAAUAACGUAUAUUUAUGUUCUCUCAUUUACCGAAGCUCUUUAGAUGCUCCGCUUAAGAAGCAAAACAGAAACAAUCUACAUCGAUUGAAAUACCGGUGCAUAAAGACAAAACAGCUAAAAGCAAUUACGACUUUGAAGUACAAAAGCGCUGUGUUGCAUCGUCAUUGAGUAAAUAAAUAACCUUGUUACAUUC